AUGCCGGAAGAUAGACAUCCACUCGCUGCUUCGCGCAUGACUUACGAUGUAUUCAAAGUUCGUCGCACUCGAUGCGCAUUCGACCGGGACACACUCAUGCACGAGAAACCGUUUGCGAAAGUUCCGGAAGAAAUCAGAACCGAGUGUGCCAAGUAG